UUUUUUUAAUUCUUUCAAUAUUUUCUCCCCUCAGGCAUUUUUUGUUAGCCUUGGCUUUAUUCGACUCUGCUUUUUUAAUUUUUGCUGUUCUAGAGCUUUCUUUACCAAUACCUUUAGAUGGCCAACAUUUACUAAUUUCUGUACAUACUCGUUUUGUUUUAUUUAUUAGAAUGUUUGCUUCUGCUUUUUAUAAAGCUUCAAUUUUGUAAAUUUAAAGAUUUUUUAAAUAAUUUUCUUUAAAAACAAGAAUUGUUGUUGCUUUUAAUGUUGAACGUUAUUUGUAUGUUUGUAGACCCCUUUGGGUUUAUAGAAGUGGAAUUUUGGAAAAAAGAGCUGGUUGUGUUGUUGUUAUGGCUUUGGUUAUUGGAUUACUGUAAGGGGUUUGAAUUAAAGGGGGGUUUUAAAAUGGAGACUUUCAAAACGGUAAAAACCGUUUGGAUAAAAUUGGGAAUGCCCAAAUUGGAAUUAGAGCCCGGGCCUACGGCCGGUACGGAAUUCUGGGCUUAA